CCGCAGCAAAGAUCGCUCAUUGAUUUCACUACGUUGUAGAGGGGGAGGCAUUAACCACGACGAGCAACACGUAGAAUCCUGAAGCAACUGUGUCUCGUUUCCUCGGUUUUCACACGGCCACCGUCAGAUUGUCCCCGGCAGCUUCACACCCGUGGCCUGUGCCGGAAAUUUGCAAGCAUUUGUGGGCGUGGGACGUGCAAAUUGCGAGCUGUCUGGGCGCCGCCAAGAGAGACCUGUGGGUGCAUGUUAAGGGCUGUGCGAGGGUAGGCAGGCAGAUGGUUGAUGUCGCGAGGUAGGUGAGGGUGAGAGAUUGUGGGUGUAAGGUGGAGGAAUGGCACUGUGACACACGGCUGAUUUUUGAAGAAACGAGCUCCGGGUGAAAAAUGAAAAUGAGUUGCGGUGCAGGAUGUGGAAGCGUUCGUCAGACAGCAUGAGAAGAUUUGUGUGCCCAGACUCUUUUUAUUGUAUGUUAGGGAAGGAAAGAUAUCGCGAAACCAGCGCAAGACUGAGAAGGGUGAAAGUUAGAUAGGUUACUUACGUACAAGCAAACAUGACUACCGCGACACCAAGUAUCCCGGCUACGAACGUGGAGCGCACGCGGGUCGGCAAAUAUGAUCUCGGCAAGACCCUGGGAGAGGGCACAUUUGCCAAAGUCAAGGUGGCUAAGCACAUCGACACUGGCCAUACUGUUGCCAUAAAGAUUUUGGACAAGGACAAGAUUCUCAAGCAUAAGAUGGUUGAGCAGAUCAAAAGAGAAAUAUCUACCAUGAAGCUAGUGAAGCACCCUUACGUCGUCCAGCUGUUGGAAGUUAUGGCCAGCAGGACAAAAAUCUAUAUUGUGCUGGAGUAUGUUACAGGUGGCGAACUUUUCAACAAGAUUGCUCAACAAGGAAGGCUGUCAGAGGACGACGCAAGGAAAUACUUUCAGCAGCUCAUUGAUGCAGUUGAUUAUUGCCACAGCCGGCAAGUUUUUCAUAGAGAUUUGAAGCCAGAGAAUCUCCUUCUGGAUGCGAAGGGGAGCUUGAAAAUUUCGGACUUUGGUUUGAGUGCGCUACCGCAGCAAUUUAGGGCUGAUGGAUUAUUACACACAACUUGCGGAACACCCAAUUAUGUGGCUCCUGAGGUGAUUAUGGAUAAGGGAUAUUCGGGCGCUACUGCUGAUUUGUGGUCUUGCGGUGUCAUCUUAUACGUGCUGAUGGCUGGGUACUUGCCUUUUGAGGAGCCCACUAUUAUGGCUUUGUACAAGAAGAUAUAUCGGGCUCAAUUCUCAUGGCCUCCCUGGUUCCCGUCAGGUGCCCGGAAAUUAAUUUCAAAGAUAUUGGAUCCCAACCCUAGAACUCGCAUCUCAGCAGCUGAAAUUUAUAAAAAUGAUUGGUUCAAGAAGGGAUACACUCCAGCUCAGUUUGACCGAGAAGCUGAUGUCAACCUUGAUGAUGUGAAUGCUAUCUUCAGCGGUUCACAAGAACAUAUAGUUGUAGAAAGGAAGGAAUCAAAACCGGUUACUAUGAACGCUUUUGAGCUCAUCUCUUUGUCUUCGGGCCUCAAUCUUUCUAGUUUGUUUGAGACAAAAGAGAUUCCUGAAAAGGAGGACACGCGGUUUACAAGCAAGAAAUCUGCCAAAGAGAUCAUCAGUUCAAUCGAGGAAGCUGCGAAGCCCUUGGGCUUUAAUGUUCAGAAGCGAGAUUAUAAGAUGAAGUUACAAGGAGACAAGCUGGGCAGGAAGGGACAUCUUUCAGUCUCAACCGAGGUGUUCGAGGUGGCGCCUUCUCUUUACAUGGUUGAGUUACAGAAGAACAGUGGUGAUACAUUGGAGUAUAACCAUUUUUACAAGAAUCUUUCCAAGGGCCUAAAAGACAUAGUGUGGAAAGCAGACCCUCUUCCUGCAUGUGAACAAAAGUAGACGCUUCCGCUACGGCUUCAAAAUAAGCCCGUGCCGUGAAGUACCCACAUCUCCUCACUUGGCAUCUCAGUGCAUCUCCGCCGAUGUGGCAACUGGAUCAUACAGCUCUGUUGGACUUCGUGCACUCUUUAAACUUCUCAAUUGGUAAAUACCACUCGAAGUGUUGAGUCUGUCUUGUACAUAUAUAUGAUCGAAUGAUUCAGAAAAAGCUUUGCUCAGCUAGGCUACAAGUUCAAUGUAGAGAUGUAAGCUGAAGAUUACUCAGAGUAAGUCCUGGAAAGGAGAAGGUGGUAAACGAUUCUUAGUUUUCAGGACCCAUGGUAGGCAGAAUUCUCAGAUGGUUAGGCUGAUUUUUUCUCUGAGUCUUUUGAAGUAGGUUAGAUGUCCUUAAAGAUGUGGUAACAAUGUAAUCUCAAUCCUUUGACCCUGUAACCUAUUAUUUUUGGAAGGGCAAUUCAUUUUAUUUCAUCCAA